AUGAACUGGAUGCGCAGGGUCAGUGCAGGCGAUCAAGCAGCAACGACAGGGACCUCCCUCCAUGCCGCCAUUACCAGUACCACGACAACAUUCACGUCUGUCAAACGCACUGCACCCAUCCUGAGCCCCAUUGUGGCGCCUGAUCCACAUCUCUUCAACCGAUCGCACAAUGGUAGCACGGCUAGCAGGAGUCCCGAAUUUGAGAGUGAGGCAGGCACAGACGAGACGUGGUCGCACUUGUCGACCACAGUACAGGAUGAGGCAGAGGCUGACCUGUUUGGCUCACCAGCGAGCCGAGCAUUGCGUCGCUGGACAUUCGAUGGACGUUUUACGAACCCUCAAAAACAACCAGCAACCACCAAGACACCCAUGAUGACUACCAAAGCGGCUCGUCGAGCAGAACGCAUCUCCUCCCUGCCACAUAUCAAAUCUUCCGCUCAAUUAUCAAACAAACAGCAGCAGAGAGAGCAUCGCGCUGGAUGGCGAGAUAUUAGCACAUUGGCGAGUCCUAAUGCUACAUCGCACGCAAUUCGAAUCCCAGAGACGCCGGGCUAUUUGCAACGUACCGACCAGCUUGACCGAGUCGAAGAGGACGCUGUGGGGGCUGAGCUCAAGUCUUGUGAUCAGAGUGAGGAUGGCGGUGAUUUUGUGUUUGACCACUACCCGGAAGAAGAGGAGGAGGUGGAGCACUGGCAGCCAAGACGUCACACAGAGGCAUGUUCAGUACCGCUCCCCUGGACAAACUCCUCGAUGCGUCGUGCAAUGAACGAUGCCCACGCUCACGACCUGUCACACGAAAGCGCUUUUGGCUGGAGACCUUGA